GGGGGAGGAGAAAGAAAUAAAAGAGUGAGGGAGGUGGGAUAAGGAGGCGUUGGAAACAGAAAAAGAUACCGAAAUCAUUGGAGGGAGCUGCGGGAAAGGGAUGGCUCCCCUUCCCGCACCCACCCGCGCUCGCACACGGACAGUCUGCGGAAGACAACUAGUCGGGUGCAGGGCAGUCAUCCUUGGGCCACAUCUUCCAUUCACCUUUAACACUGGCGCUCCCGGAGGCUGGGCACUAGUGGACACCGCGCACUUGGGGCAGAGCUGCGCCGCAUUCUGGCGGGCGGGCCGUGGGGCUGCCGGGCGGGGUCGCCGCGCUGCUGACCGGUGUCCCCUCCUCCCCGCAGCGUACCUGGUGCAGGCCGUGAGAGCAGCGGGCAAGUGCGAUGCGGUCUUUAAGGGCUUUUCGGACUGUUUGCUCAAAUUGGGCGACAGCAUGGCCAAUUACCCGCAGGGCCUGGACGACAAGACGAACAUCAAGACCGUGUGCACAUACUGGGAGGAUUUCCACAGCUGCACGGUCACAGCCCUUACGGAUUGCCAGGAAGGGGCGAAAGAUAUGUGGGAUAAACUGAGAAAAGAAUCCAAAAACCUCAACAUCCAAGGCAGCUUAUUCGAACUCUGCGGCAGCGGCAACGGGGCGGCGGGGGCCUUGCUCCCGGCGCUCCCUCUGCUCCUGGUGUCUCUCUCGGCAGCUUUAGCGACUUGGCUUUCCUUCUGAGCGCGGGGCCGGCUCCCCCCGCGCGCCCACCCACACUCACUCCAUGCUCCCGGAAAUCGAGAGGAAGAUCCAUUCGUUCUUUGGGGACGUUGUGAUUCUCUGUGAUGCUGAAAACACUCAUAUAGGAUUGUGGGAAAUCCUGGGUCUCGUUUUGAUUUCGUUUGAUUUCUUGUGUUUUAUUUGCCAAAUGUUACCGAUCAGUGAACAAGCAAGCACAGCCAAAAUCGGACCUCAGCUCUAGUCCGUCUUCACACACACAAAAGAAAACGGCAAACCCACUCCCAUUUUUUUAAAUUUUAUUUUUUGGCACAAGAAUCUCAGGAACGGCCCUGGGCCGCCUACUAUAUUAAUCAUGUUAAUACAUGACAAAUGAUGGGCUCCUCCUAAUAGGAAAGAGAGGAGAGGAGAAGGCCAGGGGAAUGAAUUCAAGGGAGAUGUCCAUGAGGGAAGCAUAUAGUGAAUAAUUCACGCUCACGUCUUUCUUCCACAGUACCUUGUUUUGAUCAUUUCCACUGCACAUUUCUCCUCGAGAAAAGUGAAAGCACAGAUUGUCGGCUUUGCGUUUUAGGGACAGGAGGGAGAGAGGGAAAGGAUUGAGGAAACCGCGGGUGUAUAUAGGUAAAGGCUGCAGGAAGAAAUGUUGAAAAAGUCACUGAGAAGUUAAGCUUUACCUGCUGUUGUCGAUGCAUCUUUCCAAGUCCACUGCCUUUAUUUUCCCUCUUGUUUUAGCUGUUACGCAUACAGUAAUACCUGAAUAUCCAACGGUAUAGAUCACAAGGGGGGGAUGUAAAAUGUUAAUCUAAAAUAUAGUUAAAAAAAAGAUUUUGACAUAAAAGAGCCUUGAUUUUAAAAAAGAGAGAGAUGUACUUUAAAACGUUUAUUAUAAAUUAAAUUCAGCAAAAAAAGAUUUGCUACAAAGUAUAGAGAAGUAUAAAAUAAAAGUUAUUGUUUGAAA